AUGAGUGGUUCCAUGAGAGCUCCUAGAAAACAAACCAAGCGUCUUCGUCAAGCAAAACAGAAGUCGGUGACGUUCACAGGGUGCUGGACUUGCAGGACUCGGAAGGUCAAAUGCGAUGAGCGUCAAAAGAAUGGCUGUGGAGUCUGCCAAAAGUCUGGCCUAGAAUGCGCUGGCUAUGGUGUGAAUCUAUGCUGGAUGACAGAUAAGAAGCGAGAUCUUCAAGGCUUGCGGCGCAGACAAAUCAGACUAGAACAAUCCACCUCUCCUAGCAUUUCCGAGGAGGAGAUCAACCGAAUUAUAUCCUCUCUUGACACAAUCUCAACACCAUCGCGCACCGUCAGUAUAGGACCCUUUUCAAUAUUCUCCAAAUGGGAGCAUGGCGACGAUGAGGAUGUCGAACCCCAUGCUUUAUUGGAGAAUAGUCAUCGGUCCCAGGACGGUAGUUCUGAGAUCACACCUGGUCAGUUGGAUCUAGUCGACCUGUCCAGCGAAAUUUUUGAAAUAAUUCCGAAUGAUAAUGUCAUUCAUCGUGCAGAAAUCCAUGAAAUUUAUGAAUUGGAUUUCUCCUCAAACUGGGAGUCAUUACUAGCGGUGUUGGAUACACCAAAUUCCCCAAGGUCAUCAUACUCGCGAGAACGGCCUCUCACAUUACCUCCAUCACCACAAAUCGGGAUUUCAAUGCCUUUAUUCAAGGACCACAAAACAUCCAUGCUAAUGUAUCACUACAAAAAUCAUGUCGCCGAGCUCCUACAGCCAGUCUUCCAUCCGAGGAAUCCCUGGCGCACAACAUAUCUCCCAUUCGCCCUCGAGGGCUGUCCUGACUUAUGUCUUGUCCAAAAUACAGGGCCUACCUCAGGUGUCUCAAUUUCACUAUUCCACAGUAUAUUAUCAUCGGCUGCAUUCCACCUCCGGAACGUCAUGGAUGGCUCAAGAGAAUACCACAACCUUGGCCUCCAGCAUAGGGCUAAAGCCUUGCGGGCACUCAAGUUUUCACUCGUAGCUCCCAAGGACUCUCAGCAAUAUACCGUCUAUCUCACGGCAAUCCUCUCAUUAGUCACGAUCGAUACCAUGACGGGAGAAGAUUCAGAUUUCCCAAUUCAUCUGAAAGGGUGUCGCCAGCUACAAAAGCCCGACAAUGCCUCCGAGGCUCUCGAUGACUCCAGUCGGCAGGUCAGCAGUAUUUGCCAUUUCCUAAGUCUUCUGGCUCGAACAACGGCACACGAGCUAGAACCUAGGCCCUGGACAACAGGUGGUCCAUUCUUCGAGGAGCCUUACUUCCACAACGACGACACCAACAUCCAAUACAUGUAUGGGAUCACCCCAUAUCUAGGAAAUCUGUUACAAAAAGCCUGUCAGGUGGCCGAGUAUAUGGCUUUCUACGAGGAUGUCGAAAUGCCAUCAAUUCUGCUCGAGGCAUGCUCGGCAUUACAUGAUGAAAUCUUUUCGUGGGACAUAGACUCUGAGUCUUUCGAUCUCAUUGUGUCAGAGGAGCCGGCGACGCUUGAAGUAAUACGUUACCAAGCCCUAGCAUUUCAUAGCGCGAUCGCAAUUUUUUAUUAUCGAGCAAUCGAGAACUCCAAUCCGGUGGACCUCCAACAGCAAGUCGAAGCAAUUUGGAAGAACCUCACGCUAGCGGAAGACCUCAAAGACGCAUACUUGCGUGGCGAAAAACGCGCAGCUCCUAUGUCCUGGCCGGCAUUUAUCGCUGCAUGUGAGGCAACCGAUCGAGAGCCUUGGGUUGAAUGGUGGGAGCGAGUCCAGGAGUACUCAAUGGGCAAUUUCAAGAGGCAAUGGAAGGUUAUACAGGAAAUUUGGAACAUCAUGAAUUUAGACGAGAAUGUGGUUAACUGGAGAGAUGCUCUCAAACAAUCAGGCAAAUUAGUCUUGCCGAUUUGA